AGAUUCAAAAACCUGACAAGAAAAGUGGCGUGUCUUUGCGAGUGAACAAGCGUUGUUUCCGAGCUUUAUCUUGUGUUUCCUGGUGGUUCAGAGCCCACAGAAGAUGGCCCAGUUCGGCUUUGAGAACGACAUUCACAGCAUUUUGAAGCUGGACAUGCCCAUCACAAACGCCCCGAUGGCGAGAUGGCAGAGGAAGGCCAGCUCCUCCACCACAGCAGCAGGGAACGGCCUGUCUCCUGGGAAGUCUGUAAAUGUGUCUCUGAGCUCCUCCAAAACGCCCAGCAAGACCCCAGGGAAGGGCAAAAAACAAACUCCUUCCAAAAUGGGUGGCGACCGUUUUAUCCCCAUCAGAAACAGUAAACAGAUGGACGUGGCCACUUUUUUGCUCACUAAAGAAAAUGAACCUGACAACCCAACUACUACUUCAGCAAAAGCCAUGUCGGUGACCUUAAAUGGAUAUGAUCUUGAAGAUGCCAAGAUCCUACAUCUUGGAGGAAAGCCUCUAAAUGCACCAGAAGGCUACCAAAACAAUCUGAAGGUUCUUUACAGUCAGGGUACAACUCCUGCCUCAACCAAAAAGACUAGAUACAUCUCCUCAACACCUGACAAAAUCUUGGAUGCUCCUCAACUUCGUAAUGAUUUCUAUCUAAAUCUACUUGACUGGAGCAGUCGAAACAUGCUUGCUGUCGCACUCCACAACAGUGUUUAUCUGUGGGAUGCAACUCAAGGAGAUGUAAUUCUUCUAAUGAAGCUGGAGCGUGAGGAGGAUUAUAUUUGUUCUGUGUCCUGGACCAAAGAAGGAAGCUAUCUUGCAAUUGGCACCAGUGAUUGCAAAGUUCAGUUAUGGGAUGUUGAGAACCAGAAAAGACUUCGCAGCAUGGCUAGCCACACAGCCAGAGUUGCUAGUCUCAGUUGGAAUGACUACAUUCUUUCAAGUGGCUCCAGAUCGGGACACGUCCAUCAUCAUGAUGUGAGAAUGGCACAACACCACAUAUUCUCACUGACCGCACACUCACAAGAAGUAUGCGGGCUCAAGUGGUCACCCGACGGCAGAUAUCUGGCCAGCGGAGGCAAUGACAAUCUGGUGUGUGUAUGGCCCCGUGUCUCGGAUGGUAGUAUGGGCAAUGAGAGCCAGGCUGUUCGCAGUUGGAGUGAACACCAAGGAGCUGUUAAGGCCUUGGCUUGGUGUCCGUGGCAACCAAAUAUCCUUGCAUCUGGGGGUGGCACGAGUGACCGUCACAUACGCAUCUGGAAUGUCAACAGUGGCUCUUGCAUCAGUUCAAUAGACUCUCAGUCCCAGGUAUCUUCUCUUGUAUUUGCACCAAAUUACAAAGAGCUGGUUUCUGCUCAUGGAUACGCACACAAUAAUGUUGUUGUCUGGAAGUAUCCUUCACUCACAAAGGUGGCAGAGCUCAGUGGACAUGCAGACCGAGUGCUCAGUGUAGUUCUAAGCCCAGACAACUCUACAAUGGCAACUGUUGCUGGUGAUGAGACUAUUCAAAUAUGGAAGAGUUUUGAAGUGGAUCCUGUUAAAAAGAAAGCCAUGGAUCGGUUGGUAAAACCAACAACUACUGGUUUGCACCACUCCAUCAGAUAAUGAGUCUUAGAUUUUUUUUUUUCACAGUACUAAAUGAACUAUUUUUAUUUAACCUAUAAUAAACAUUUUGGCCA